GUACAAAGUGAUUAUUCGAUUUCGUUCGUUCCUUUGUGUAAAUGCGAAAUCCGGAGCAUAGACUGGUACAUUUUUUCACGACGCCGGUAUAAUAAUAAUGAAAAUAUGGUUUCUUGUUUGUUUGGCGCUACUAUCGGUAAGCUUUUGUGGUGGCUGAAAAGAAGGUGUCAGUCCAUGUUGUGCGGAUGCUGACAAGACUUGGAAAAUUAAGAACAUUCGUCCACGCUUUUGUCGCUUUUAGCGAUCGCUCGUCUUGGCUUAUUCUUCAGGCGUGAAUCACUGUCGGCAUGAUGAGAUUAUAACACCGGCCUACGUGUGAAAAUGAUUUUUCACAAUUUAAUACGAAAUGACCUAAGCAACGUAUUGCGGAAUGUUUUGAAUGUGAUCAUUUUAUUUACGUCUCUCUCCAAAGCACAAUUGAGUUCUCCGCCGCAGAAUUACCCUUCCUGGUUCGUAAUCCCUCAACGGCUAGCUGGAUACCCAUUAUAUUUACCACAGCAGCCAAUUUUUGCUGCCAGCGGAACAAGCGAUUAUGUUCGAUCAUGGGGCGAUUUCACAUUCAACAAUUUUUAUGAUUCGGGUGGCUACAAUGAACCGGAUUCGGAUCCUUUCUAUGAUCAUUUUCAAGAGUAUGUAGCCGGCAAAUGGACACCUCCUCCGGCGGGAGCAGCGCCGGCCGACCAAGCGGCAGAGGCACGAGCAACUCGCGAAUUCGUGGAUAAGAACCAAAAACGUACUAAAUCUGCAAAAGCCAACCGUGCCUUAGCAGAAUCUCUUGCAGAGGAACUGGUGCAGACAUUAAUGAAGAUUGUAGCUGCCAACGCGAGUAGCGCAUCGCCUACGAGCGCUGGACAAGUCGGUGGUGCCGCAAGUAUAGCGUCGCUUUUGAUGCCCGCGUUGGCGAAAUUAGCCGCUAAUUCUCGGCCAGGAAACGCAUCAGCUGUCACACCCAAUACAACGGACUCUUCGUCGCUUAAGAGUAAUAAUACUUCUAUAACAGCGGACACCACAUCUCAGCAAAACAGCUCUACGGGGUUAUUAGUGGAUUCCUCCCCGAAACUAGCCGUUGCAAGCGUCCCUGUUGCGAGGAAUAUCAGCGAGAAUCCGCAAGUCACAGAAGAUCUCUUUCAACUGGCACUUUCAUGGCCCCCAUUAUCGGCUCAACGGGGCGUUAUUGCAUUGCCCAACCCAGUUGGCCCGCGGCCGGUGGAAAUCCUGAACGAUUUAACGGGCGGUCGUCUUGCCGAUGUGGAGCGGCGCGAACUUUUACCAAACAGCGAUGGAAAUGCAGUCAGUAAUGCAUCAACCUUUCUAAACAAGGAUUUUGCCAACCUGGUGCGAUUAGGUUUGAAUCGCAUGGGCAGCGCAGCACAAGUUCCUGUAGGGAGCAACGUCACCCGUAUAAUGCAUAAGAUCGUUGUUCCGGCCUAUUUAGCCGACUUUGCUGUAGUGCCGUUUGUGUCACCAGCCAAUUUAACUAACGGUGCCGGAUCUCCUAGCGUGACCGGUGACGAGAGUGUGACCUACAGCCCGAAGAAAAACAGCAACAGCGACAGUCUACAACCUGUUGAUCAACAAACACUGUUGGCCAAUAUGCUGGCCAUCAUGCAGUCGCAGAAUAAGAAGAUGCCCAAUCCAGAUGCGGUGUCUACCGUUCCUCCAUUCAAUUUAAUGGACACUGCACAGACCCAGCUAGGUGCAGAUGAUACUGAGGCACGAGGUCAGCAGACUGGGGGCUUUCCGUUCUUUACGGAAGUGCAGCCGACACCGAAGCCAUUCAAACCGUUGCGCCCGAGGCCUUUACCGACAAUGACCAAUCGUGUGGGACAAGCGCGUGGGGAGCUGUGCGCGGUGGCCUUAGCUUCGGGUCGGCAGUAUUUAGGCGUCUGUGUCAGUAAUGCCGUCGUACCGACGCAGUGUGAUGGAAUGGGGAUUAAAAAGUCCCAGUUUUGUAAUCCAACAGCGUCGUGCUGCUUUUCGGUUUCUAGUGAAUAAAUAAAAAAAUAAACUUAUCCUGGUAAACUUGGGUGUUCUUUAUUGGCAUAAAUACUUCCUGUAGAUCUUUUGUCCAGUCCUGUCCAUACUUUUGAUUUUGUUGCAAGUACAUACUUAAUUAUGUAUAGAUAUUUAGGUUUGGAUGUAGAAGUCGGCAGAUACUGUUAAGUAUGCGCUACA